AUGAAAAAGUCUUAUGAAGCUCCUCAAGACGAUGUGCGAGAAUGUUUCGACUAUUCCACAGUGGGCACGCACACCAAGACUCAGCUGAAGCUUAUGUCAGCUGGGGAGGAAGACGAGGACGCUAAUUUGAGGCAUGAUGUGAAGCUCAUUUCAGGUGCCUUAUUGGAACUCAUCGAUGCGGUAGAUGUUGUGAAAGAGACGGUGGUCACCUACAACGACAGUGUGUCUCGAGCCUUCGAGAAUACUAAUAAGCGUAUCAUGGACAAAAAACGAGCUAUGCACAUCCUUGACGCCAGGAGGGGCUCCGCUGACGUCACUUUGGCGAGGCUUCAUUGUUCCUUUGGAAAUUACAGCCCAAGACUCGCAACUUGA